UAUUUAGAAUGUUUUUGAUUCAAAAACGUGUACAAUUUUAAAUUUAUAAUUAUGUGAAUCGCGUCCUCGCGUAUAUUUGCCGUUAAAUUUGUGUUUUAUGUUUUAUUUUAGUUCCUGUGCUUCGUAACCUCUAAACUUACCAAGGAUACUAGGAAUGAAUACUGGAAUUUAAUAGUAGAAUUCGAUAGAAAAUUUUAAUUUCCGUUCAUUACUUUGUGCUUAAUCUGUACGUGCAUAUCAGUAUUACUCGUGUGUUUUUACGUAAGGGAUACCUUAGAUUAAUAAUAAAAAACCUUCAUAUCAAUAAAUUUGGGGAAUACUCUGCAGCGUGGUACAGAGAGUGACAAGCAAAAAUAAAACACGACGGAAAUACGGCGUGCAAUAUAAAUAAAUAACGUUGAUUGAGUUCUAUUAUACGACCUUGUAUAUUGUGAACACGUAAAGCGUUGUAUCAAUCAAAUCGAUGUAUCUAUCUUUCCCAUCUCGCAUUAUAACGACUCCUACAACAUGAUAGAAAUAGCCUUUCCGAAAUAACGCGAUCCACCAAUAUGCUGUGAUCUCGUCAUAAUCUCGGCGACUCCAUCCCUAAACCCCAGUCCCUGCCCCCACAUCCUUAGAUCUUUUCGUGCGAUUUUAACACUCGAAGAGUUUUAAAAGUGCCGGUCGCUUUAGUGAUAAUACAAAGAGGACAAUCAAUAAACGAUAAUCAGAAUUUAGUGUUUGCAUUAAUGUCAAGCGGUAGAAACCGGGGAACAGUUUAAAACGCGUUAACAAAAUAACUAUUAAGAUGCUAUCUAAACUCGUGUAGUAUUUCGUUUAAAAGGAAGUGGCAACAAGUGAUGUUAUUUUUAUAAGGGGGUUAGUAAUACGUCACACUGGUGGGGGUUUGGAAGUGCUGUUUGCCUUGGUGCGGCCCAGCCGAAGGCAAGGCGACUCCACCGUCAUCCCCGCCAGUUCCUUAUUGCGAUAGUCCACCUCGUGCUCGACAUCCCUCCCCCCACCUUCAGGAUAUCGCCGAGGAGGACUCGAUUGAAUUGCAACAGGAAGACGGCGUUCUCGAAGACGAACCUACCACACUACAACCACUUGGAGCACGUGUUAGCUAUAAAAAGAGACGCAAUGUACAAUCCCCGUCGCCGACGUUAUCCGUGAAAGCGGCUAGAAAGUCCCAACGAAAUCGUUCCGUUACUAGCACCACUUCUAGCGAGGCGUCGUCGGGGGUUUCCCCAGCCGGAGGAAAAAUGCAAGCCGAACAAGGCUCCAUUGGAGAUCUGCAAAGAUAUCACAACCGAUAUCUCAAGAAUCGGAGGCACACACUGGCAAACGUUCGUUUUGACGUCGAAAAUGGUGCCAGUCCCGGAAGAAGUCCUCUCGAUGGUGCAGCUUCUCCCUCUGCGGGCUUGGUUCUUCAGAACCUACCGCAGCGGAGAGAAAGCUUCCUGUACCGCUCGGAUAGCGACUUUGAAAUGUCUCCAAAGUCGAUGUCCAGGAACUCCUCCAUCGCCAGCGAAAGAUUCAAGGAGACAGAAAGCAUUUUGGAACGAUCCCACGGCGAAGAUCUUAUAGUAACACCAUUCGCACAAAUUCUUGCAAGCUUGCGCAGCGUAAGGAACAACUUUCUGUGUCUCACCAAUGUGCCCACCAAUAAGUCCCGUCGUUCGUCGGGGGCAACGGCAGGAACCACCCCACAACCUCGGAACAUCAAUCCGGGCGAUGAGGCGUAUAUGAAAUUAGCUUUGGAGACCAUGGAAGAAUUGGACUGGUGCCUAGACCAACUGGAAACCAUACAGACGCACAGAUCGGUCUCAGACAUGGCGUCACUAAAGUUCAAGCGCAUGCUAAACAAGGAACUGUCGCACUUUUCCGAGUCUAGCAAAUCGGGAAACCAAAUAUCAGAAUAUAUCUGCUCGACCUUCUUAGAUAAACAACAGGAAUUAGAUAUACCAAUCCCCGCCGUGAGACUAGAAGAAGGCAAUGAAGCUGUACAACCCAAAGGUGUGCCGCGUAAGGAUCGCCCGAGAUCCGUACCAACACCGAUGUCGCAAAUAUCGGGAGUCAAUCGCAAAUCGCUCUGUCACACCAAUUCAUUCACCGGCGAACGAUUGCCAGUAUAUGGCGUUGAAACACCCCACGAAGAAGAAUUAGGAAAGUGUUUAGCUGAAAUAGACAGAUGGGGAGUGGAUAUGUUCCGCAUUCAAGAACUUAGUAACGGACGACCAUUGACUUGCGUUGCGUACACAACGUUUACGUCCCGUGAGCUACUUAAACAUUUGAACAUACCACAAAAGACUUUUAUAACAUUUAUGAUGACAUUAGAAGAUCAUUACGUUAAAGAUAACCCCUUCCACAACUCCCUACAUGCGGCCGAUGUCGCUCAAAGUACUCACGUGUUGCUUAAUACCCCCGCAUUAGAAUCAGUCUUCACUCCGUUAGAAAUCACAGCCGCCCUUUUCGCCGCCUGUGUCCACGAUGUUGAUCAUCCAGGACUCACCAAUCAGUUUCUUAUAAACUCUAGUUCGGAGCUGGCGCUAAUGUAUAAUGACGAAAGCGUGCUCGAAAAUCAUCAUUUAGCGGUAGCGUUUAAGUUACUCCAAAAUGAAGGUUGCGAUAUGUUUUGUAACAUGAGCAAAAAGCAACGACAAACCCUCCGUAAAAUGGUCAUCGAUAUGGUGCUGAGUACGGAUAUGUCGAAGCAUAUGAGCCUUCUUGCUGAUUUGAAGACCAUGGUCGAAACCAAAAAAGUGGCCGGUUCUGGAGUGCUUCUGUUAGAUAACUACACUGAUAGAAUACAAGUAUUAGAAAACCUGGUGCAUUGCGCAGACUUGAGCAAUCCUACCAAACCUCUCCCACUCUACCGUAGAUGGGUCGAUCUGCUCAUGGAAGAGUUUUUCCUGCAGGGUGAUCGAGAAAGAGAAGCUAAAAUGGAGAUCAGUCCCAUGUGUGACCGACACUCGGCGACUGUAGAAAAGACCCAGGUUGGCUUCAUCGAUUAUAUCGUACAUCCCUUGUGGGAGACGUGGGCGGAUUUGGUCCAUCCAGACGCGCAAGAUAUUUUGGACACGUUGGAGGAAAACCGGGAUUGGUAUCAAGGUAUGAUCCCGCCCAGUCCACCGUCCGAAGAUGUCCCGGACCCGCAGAGACCCGGCAUUCGAUUUCAAGUUACACUUGAGGAGGGCGAGGCAGAAGCCGAAGCCCCAAUGUGACGGAGGCUGCUGGGCCUCUGUAGGAAGCUCACCGAAAAGGUGCAGCAAUGGUGGCGCGUGCGGCAAUGAGGCGCGGGCGCCUCUGCCCCCUUUGCUCACUCCCUUUUCCGCGGCUGGCCGCGGCGUUUGUUAUGUUUGCAUUGCUUGACUGAUAAUCUUCGGGCUUGCAGCCUGUCCCUGCAGUUCCUGGGAGUGUACGUAUAUUAAGUUUUGGCCUUUCCGUAUACCCUUGACAUGCCUUACCGUAGAGGAGUGACACCGCGACGCGUAGCCGCCCUGGAGGCGGUCUGUGCUCUUUUCUCAGUACUGAUACAUCUUGUAUAUAAUUUCAUAUAUCUGUCGGUGUAAUACUCAGCCCCGUGUAUGUAUAGGAACUACAUGUCAUGUCAGCUGUGUUACACAAGUAAAGCUCUCUCCAUUUUA